GAGCCAUAAUUUAUUACUCCUUCUUCCUUUACCUCUUUGUUUGUAUAAUGAAAGAUAUGAAGGUUCCUUCUCCAUUAACAGAUUAAGAAAAAUCUCAUACCAUCGAAGAAGAAGAAGAAGAAAGCCUUCAAAAAUGGAAAGACUGCGUAGGCGUUAAACGUUGCUUGCACGAUCUCUCAACACUGAAGCAAAAAGCGGCCCUCAUUCAGCUUUCCUUCGCUUACAGGCUAAGAUAGAAAACUGAACAAAUCAAGGGUUCUUCUGUUUGAUCGUUCUUAGAGAUGGGAAGUAAUGGGUAUCUUGAUAUAAAUGAUCAGAGGCCUUCUGUUGAUUCAGAUCAUCGUCAUCAUCAAAGCAGGCACUCCACAGGAAAGCCAAUGCUGUUGAACGAUUCUAAAAGGAGCAAAAGUAAUCCGAGAAGGCAUUCUAGCAUAAUUUCGGCUUCAGCAAAGAUUACUCACAAUAAUAACAUUAUUCCCUCCCCUAAUUACCUCAGAGCUUCAACUGGAUCAUGCCAUGAUUUCUGCAAGUUUGGAAGGAAAAAAUUGUCUGAAGAAGUAAAGCCAUGGCGUUGUAUCCAGAAGCAAUCCACGAAAGUUGAGAAUUUUCCGCAGAAACAUGCUGAUACUUCAGUAAUUAAAGUCUUACCCGAGAAAGUCGACGAGGAUGAUGCUACUGAAAAAGAGAAAUCUUUUUGUGAGAAAAUUGAAGCUGAGAAGAAAAUGAAGGUGUUCAACAGAAAGCCCACUGUUGCUGUAGAAUCAAAACCAAAAGCGUGGAUCAGCCAGAAAGAUAUUGUUAUAAAGAACACAGAAAGAGUGGAGAAGAAGCUUGUAGUGGAUCAGCCAGCUGAUUUUGGAAGAAUAAAACCCAUCAUCAAACUUGGAAAGAGUUUGGACGUUUCAAAGGCCCCUGCCGCUGCCACUUCCAAAACUCAAAAACCACCAUCACCAUCCCCGUCUGCUGCUGCAUCUCGGUCCCAGUCUGCUGCUGCAUCUCAGCCCUCGUCUGCUGCUGCAUCUUGGCCCUCGUCUGCUGCUGCAUCUCGGCCCUCGUCUGCUGCUGCAUCUCGGCCCCAGGCUGCUGCUGCUGCAUCUCGGCUCCAGGCUGCUGCUGCUGCAUCUCGGCUCCAGGCUGCUGCUGCUGCAUCUCGGCCCCAGGCUCCUGCUGCGUCUCGACCCAACAAAUUGGUUUCCACAAAGAGUCUGGCAAAAACAAAUGGCACAAGAAAUAGCAGUCCACAACAACAACAACAACCUGUAAUCAAAAAGCGAAUGGUGGGGAUUCCUGAAGUAUCAAAAAACAAUGUGAAAUCAAAAUCCCAGGAGAAACCCAUAAUCAAGCAGAUAGUUGAAAGUGAGAAGAAUCCUGCUGUAGAAUCAAACGAAAAUGGAUAUAGGAUUAUUCAUGAAGAAGAAUCAAACAAUGAGAAUUCCCAGCAAAAAAUGGAUCAGAUAGUUGAAAGUGAGAAGAAUCCUGCUGUAGAAUCAAACGAAAAUGGAUAUAUGAUACAUGAAGAAGAAUCAAAUAAUGAGAAUUCCCAGCAGAAAAUGGAUCAGAUAGCUGAAAGUGAGGAGAAGCCUUCUGUUGAAUCAAAUGAAAAUGGAGAUACCAUGGAAGUGGAAGAGUUGUCUGAAGAUGAAGAUGAUGACGAAACAGAGGAGGACGAAUAUGAAUAUGAAUACGAAAACUCCAUCAACUCACAAAGCAGCAGUGAAGAAGAAGGUGAAGAAGUUGAAAAAGAAGAGACUUUUAAUGGAGGAAAGCGACCAAAGAAAAUCGCUGUAGAUAAUAAUGGCAGUGAGGAUGGUGUGAAGUUGAAGUUCAGAAGGGGAAGGGUUGUUGAUAUUGAGGCAGGAAAGGACAGUCCGAGGAGGCUCAAAUUCAGACGAGGAAGAGUGGAAAACCCUGCAGAAGGGAGAUCAUCUGUGAAGAUUCGGAACUUCAGAAAGAGGACGACGACGACAGUAACAAAUAAUGAGGAUCUAGAUUCUGAGAUAAUAAUGUUGAGGCAUCAAGAUGUUGAAGAGAAGAAAGACGCCCAAGGUUUGUUCAACAACGUAAUUGAAGAGACUGCUAGCAAGCUUGUGGAGGCUAGGAAGAGCAAAGUUAAGGCAUUGGUUGGUGCUUUUGAAACCGUCAUUUCAUUGCAAGAGACUACUACUAGUAAUACUAAGUACUCUUCUCCACAAACACUAAUUUCUUAAUUCUUGUUUUCGCGGUUUUGCUUUAUUUUUAUUUUUGGGCAAGUAGCUCGAGUGGUUCAAAUAUUUGACUUUCAUAUAUCGUGUUAA